AAAAUAAAGAAAUUGAAAUACAAUGAUCAAAAUGAAAAAUUUACCCCGUAAAAUCAUUGGUUCUCUCACAAUGAUCAAAACUUUACCAAUGGACCACAAACCCCACUCACUUUUAAUACGUUCCCACACUUGCAUUAAUCCUCAAAAGGAUUUCAUCAAACAAUUGGUCUUCGACUCUCAAAUCUAUUUAAUUAAACACUUCCCCACUUAUGAUUCUCAAAAGCAUUUUAUCAAAGACUUUGCUUUCAAAUCAUUUCAUCAAAAAACCAUAUUUUGAAAUCUUAGAACCAUAAUAUAAAUAAAAAAGAAUACAUACCUUGCUUUAUGGCUGCAAUUCUCAGUGGCAUUUCAUCAAACACCAUGGCAGCGAUGCCGAAGCUCUUCAUCGUCCUCGUCCUCCAGCUCACAAUCUCCUGCAACUCCGAGCAACUCCCCAUCAAUGUCUGGCCAAUCCCAACCUCCAUCUCCUGGCCAUCACCCAAGGCCGCCACCAUCUCCCCGGCGUUCCAAAUCUCCGCCCCUUACCACCACAUGCACCUCCGCACCGCUGUGAAGCGCCACGAAAGCCUCCUCUUUUCCGAGGGCUACCAACCCAUCGUCCCCCCAUCUCUUCCCAUCUCCCCCACCCCUCUCCUCUCCCUCACACUCCACAUCACCGACAUCCUCGCCCCUCUCCAUCACGGUGUUGACGAAUCCUACUCCCUCACCAUCUCCUCCUCCAAUGGCGUCGCCAAUCUCUCCUCCACCACCGUCUGGGGUGCCAUCCGCGGCCUCGAGUCCUUCUCCCAGCUCUCCUGGGGCAGCCCACCGUUGAUCGCCACCGAUCUCUACAUCAACGACCGGCCGUUGUUCCCUCACCGUGGCCUCAUGCUCGACACCUCGAGGAACUUCUACCCCGUGGAGGACAUCAUGCGCACCAUCGCCACCAUGGGUGCGAACAAGCUCAAUGUUUUCCACUGGCACAUCACGGACUCCCAAUCCUUCCCGCUGGUGCUCCCGUCGGAACCCAACCUCGCCGCCGCCGGAUCGUACGGCCCCGACAUGCAGUACUCGCCGGAGGAUGUGAAGAAGAUCGUGGACUUCGCAAUGAGUUAUGGCGUCCGCGUCGUGCCUGAAUUUGAUACCCCUGGGCACUCUCUCUCCUGGGCGGGAGCAUUCCCGGAAAUAGUCACGUGCGCGAAUCAGUUCUGGCUCCCAAACGGGCCCUUCGACAGAGCCCACCGUCUCGGCUCGGGGCCCGGCACGGGCCAGCUCAACCCUCUCCACCCUCGUACGUACGAAGUCCUCCACAACGUCUUCAGCGACUCCGCCUCCCUUUUCCCGGAUCCCUUCUUCCACUCCGGCGCCGACGAGCUCAACCCUUUUUGCUGGUCCUCCGAUCCCUCGAUCCAAUCCUUCCUCUCCUCCGGCCACAACUUAUCCCAACUCCUCCAGCGCUUCAUCUCCGACACCCACCCUUUCCUCAUCUCCCUCAACCGCACCGUCGUCUAUUGGGAGGACAUCCUUCUGGAUUCCACCAUCCAAGUCCCAUCUUCCCUUAUCCCUCCAUCAACCACCAUCCUCCAGACCUGGAACAACGGGAUCAACAACACCAAGCGCCUCGUUGCCGCUGGAUACCGCGUCAUCGUCUCGUCCGCAGAUUUCUACUACUUGGAUUGCGGGCAUGGGGGUUUUGUGGGGAAUUAUAGUGCUUACGAUGCGAUCUCAGAGCAUACAUCAUGGUGUGGGCCGUUUAAGACUUGGGAGAGGAUCUAUGAUUAUGAUAUUGUGGAGGGGUUGAGGGAGAAGGAGAAGGAAUUGGUGAUCGGAGGAGAGGUGGCGCUGUGGUCGGAGCAGGCGGAUGGGACGGUGCUAGACGGGAGGGUGUGGCCAAGGGAAGCAGCGUUGGCGGAGGCGAUGUGGAGUGGGAAUAGGGAUGAGAAGGGGAGGAGGAGGACGUCCAUGGCGACGGAUCGGUUGAUGGAUUGGAGGUAUAGGAUGGUGGGAAGAGGUGUGAGGGCGGAGCCGAUCCAACCUCUCUGGUGUAGAAGGAACCAAGGGAUGUGUAAUAUAAACUUUUGAAAUUUGUGAUUUAAUUCUGGAAUGUUCUUCGCUUUUUGGCGGGAAAAUUAUCUGGUUGUGUUU